GUUGCAGACUUAACCUUCAAGUGUCAAUUCAUUUCAACUGCAAAAUGCAUGAUUUUCCAUCUGGGAUUUGUUUAAAAACAAGAAAGACAGUCACAUUUCAACUGAUUUCAUAUAAAAAAUGAAUCUUUUCUCAUUAAGAUUUCGAAUGCCAGCCCAUGAACAUAACCAAAUUCCAACCAAUCCUUUUGUUAAUUUUUUUUCUAAUCUGAGUGGAAAUAAUAAUUCUAGUGCAUUUUUAAUAGAUAAAAUCUCUUCUUGCUUUGAAAAUUGUAAGGAUACUCUUUCCCUGAAAAAGCUCCAUGCUUGUGUUUUCACUUGGGGUCUCAGAAGGAACACUUUUUUGGGUUCUCAGCUUGUAAUUAGUUAUGCCCAUUUUGGGUUUUUAAAUGAAUCGAGAUGGGUGUUUGAUAGAAUUGUUAAUACUAAUCUCAGUUUUUGGAAUUCAGUUCUUGUUGGCUACUUUAGAACUGGUUAUUUCAAUGAAGUUCUUGGGAGGUACAAAAAUUGGAGGGAAUCUAAAAUUGGUUUGGAUGGUUUUUCUGUUACUUUUAGUUUAAAGAGUUGUGUUGAAUUGGGUUGUUUAAGAUUUGGAAGAGUAGUUCAUGGGGACAGUGUCAAGUUUGGGUUAAGUAUGGAUCGUUUUGUGGGUUCUUCUCUUAUUGGUUUGUACUCAAAGUAUGGUGAUUUAGGGGAUGCGAGUAAAGUGUUUGAUGAAAUAACUGAAAAGGAUGUUGUUGUUUAUACAUCGAUGAUUACUGGGUUUGCACAAUGUGGUGAUGAUCGUGUUUAUGAUGCUUUUGAUAUUGCAAGCGAUAUGCAGAAAGAACAGCUUGAUCCUAAUAGAGUUACUCUAGUGAGCUUACUUCAGGCGGCAGCACAGUUAGGCAUGUUGAAAGAGGGACGUUCGGUUCAUGGUUAUGCUAUAAGGAGAAAAAUUGGUCUGUCUGAUGAAGUAUUUGAAACGACUCUCAUGGAUAUGUAUAUCAAGUGUGGGAAACUUAAAACAGUGGCAUGUUUAUUUGGGAAAAUGAAUAUGAGAUGCAUUGGUUGUUGGAAUGCUGUGAUAGCUGGUCAUCUUCAAAUGGGACAGCCCUGGGAAGCUUUGAGCUUUUUUUGUCUUAUGAUGCAAGAACAUGUUGUGCCCGAUCAAAUUUCUCUGGCCAAUGGGAUUUUGUGUUGUGCUGAUUUGAUUUUUUUCCGGGAAGGAAAGAGUAUUCAUGGUUACAUCACACGGAAUGGAUUCCAACUAGAUCAAGUUGCUACCACUGCCCUUGUUGAUUUGUAUUCUAAGUGCAACAAUUUAGUUCAAGCAAGAAAUUUGUUUGAAGGAAUGGAGAGAAGAGAUGUAAUAUCGUACAAUGUCAUGAUGUCUAGUUAUCUCCAAAAUGAACUUGCUUCUAAAGCCCUGGAGCUUUUCAUUGAAAUGGUGCGAACAGGUACUCAACCAAAUUUAGGUGCCAUAUUACCUGUACUUUCUGCAUUGUCUGACCUGAAAGACACGAGACGAGGAAAGUGUGUCCAUGGAUAUGUAUUCAUACAUGGAUUUCAUGGAAGUAAUGAAAUUGCAAAUCAAAUUAUUAACAUGUAUACAAAAUGUGGUUGUUUAACUAAUGCAAGACGAGUCUUCAGCAGGAUCAGAUAUAGAGACUUGGUAUCAUGGACUUCAAUGAUGAAGGGUUAUCUGAAUCAUGGGCAGGCUAAUGAAGCUCUAAUCUUAUUCCGAAUUAUGAAGGAAGAAAAAGUAGAUCAUGAUUCAGUUGCUUUGAUGAGUUUGCUUCAAGCAUUGUCUCAACUUGGAUAUCUAAGUCUGGCAAAGGAAGUUCACUGUCACUUAUAUCGAUCUUUUGUCGAUGGACAAACACCAAUCAUCAAUUGUCUGAUUACUACUUACGCCAAAUGUGGAAAGUUAGAUAUGGCAAGGAAUCUGUUUGAGCACAUGAACAAGCAGUGUCUGACAUCGUGGAACACGAUGAUAGCUGCUCAUGGAAUGCAUGGGAACUGUCUUGAGGCUCUCGAAUUAUUUGGUAAAAUGAAAAGUGUAAAGCUUGAGCCUGAUGAGGUUUCCUUUACAUCAAUACUCAGUGCUUGCAGCCACUCAGGUUUGGUAGAAGAAGGUAUGCAAAUUUACAAGUCCAUGACAGAAGAAUACUCCAUCAUUCCAUGUGCAGAGCAUUAUGGUUGUAUUGUAGAUUUGUUAAGCCGAGCAGGAAGGCUUGAAGAAGCAUUUAACAUGAUUAAAUGUAUGCCAUCAACAAAAAGUGCUUCUGCGCUAGCUGCGCUGGUCGCUGCUUGUAGAGUGUAUGGAAAUAGGGAAAUGGGGGAGGUCAUCGGAAGGCGCAUCCUGGAAUUAGAACCUGAGAAUUCAAGUGCUUAUUCUUUGGUGUCAAAUCUGUUUGCAGAAGGGGGAAAAUGGGAUGAAGUUGCCAAAAUAAAAGCCAUGGUGAAGGAGAAACGGCUUAAAUUGACUUCAGGAUAUAGUUUGAUAGAGCUAGACAAGUAGGUACAUCUUGUAUGGGCUCAAUUAAUUGCCGGAAAAUGUUACA